CAGCCGAAUGCGAUCGCGGGGGCUCGUGCAACCAGACGACUCUCGCUCGCUGUCAGUCGUCCAGCAGUAGUCGAGCGGUUCGCACGUAGUGUCACGGCUCGCGUCUCGUGUCCGUGUACAAUACAAUCAAUACAUACAUAGCGCGUUGUAUAUGUGUGUUCUUCAUUCGGUCGCCCUUGGAAAUAGUGAUUGAGAAAAAAGUUUUUUUUUGCUUGCUUUUGUACACACAGUGCUGUGAAUGUUUCGAAGUAGGAGGAGGUGAAGCAAAAGGUAGAAGACGAAUGUGAAGAAGAAGCAACAGAAAGCAAAAUACGAAAGAAGUGCUUUUGUGUGGCGAACAAGGUUGUCGGUGUGUCCGUGGUGUUGCACCAUCAAGGAAGAGGUGAAAAGUUACUGAAAAAUUUCUAUCCGUGCAAGCUCAAAAGUGAACAUCGGCAAUUGUAGCAGUGCGGUUUUCUCGCGUAAACUGCCGUAUCGUGAUACAGUUAGUUCGCAAGCCGUGGGGACCAAUCAGAAGAGGAUCUUGGCCCAUGCUUGGCAAUCCGACACAUGAGGAGCAUUGUGAUUGUGACAAAACGCGUUAACCGAUCGUGAUUUGAAUGCUCAAUGAAGCAGUGAUAUGCUGGUAGUGCGAAGCAGUAACCGAGAGACGAUUACGAAACCAAAUAAGCAAUUCAGGUUUCUAGCGAAACCCUGAAGUUUCGUACGCGUGUGGGUCGUUAAGCUACCAACUUUCUCCAACAAACCGUACGUAGAUAUCCGAUUCCGGCUGCACACCGGAGCCUGGCAGCCGAGCUGGGUGUCGAUUUUCUCACCCGAUCGCCCUCGGUUCGGUUUGCACAAGAAGAAACAAAGGAAAGUUGCCCCCGAAGGAGUAGAAAACGGAACAAACCGAUGAAACCGACGACAAGAGUGUUGCAAGAAAAGUUCCACGCGUACAUGUGAGAAGUGCAGCUCUCGACGGCGGCAAGUGGCAAGUGUGCGUUUCCGUCGCUGCGUCGGUGUUGGUGCAGAAGUGUUUGCGACGGUGCGUUGGUGGUGGUGACUGGGCACCAGAGAAGCGAUUGACGGCUGCUUUCCAUUGUUUCUCACAAUCCGAAAAAUAAAAGAAGUGUAGACGCUGCUGAACCAUAGAAGAAUCCGAAAGAAACCUUCAGUGAAAUGGGGAUGAAUUAUUGUGCAAUUACUGCCGGCGGUCUUGGCCAUCAAUCUCGGGCCUAAACUGUGCCUCGGUCCGUUCGAAACGUUUCUUCCUCCCGCCUCAGCAGUGUCAGUGAAUGUGUGCCCCAAGUGCUUUUGCGAAAGAAACAUCCGCUGUUCCGUGAUUUAUUGUUAUACUCGUGCCAAGGUGCAAUCCGCGAUUGUUGUUUUACGAAGAAUCGACCCGAAAACCUAGAAUGAUGUUGCUGCCGCGGCCGAUGGUCGUUGAUGCGUUCCGUUGUUCUGAUUGGAUUACAACAACGACAGUAGCGCUAGCGCUACGCCCUCCUGUGUGCAAUAUGGAUUAAGUAGGUGCUAUUUUUAGUGUCACUUCAGUGUCGUCGUCGUCGUCUUCGUCUGCUUUGCGACCGCAACUGUCGUCGUUUUCGUCGCCACAGUGAAUGUGUGAAUGUGAUGACCCCAUUCUUGGGCACCAGCCACUUUGGUCUGCAACUUUUUACGUUUUUUUUUGGAUUACCACAAUCACCGUUACAAUCAUCCCGAUAUUAUCAUCGAUCGUUGAGUGAUAUCCGUCGUUCCAUGCUGAAUACGUUAAGUUUGUGAAGUGAAGUGACCCAAAUCGAACCCAGGAUUACCCGUGACUAGAGUUAACGGUGAUUGCAACUGAUAACUGCAAAAGCAACAACAACAAAUGUAGUUAUAAAGAGAAGCUGUUCAAAAGAAAAGGAUAGCAAUCAACCGCCAACAAUCACACCGAACCAACAGCUAACACAAAUGUCGCGAAAGUACCAACACGUGCAAGUUAAUCUCACCGAAGGCAGCACCAGCUAGGGCACUGCACCGACACAAACCAGAAAUAGAUCAUGGAAUCAGCACAAGAGGCAGCGUCGCCGCAAGAUCAGUCGCAACCAGCGACUGAUCCUUUAGCGAUUGGCGACAGCUCCGACCAGCAAGAACCAAGUUCCACGGGAAUGGAACCCACUUCUAUUACGGAGUCACAGUCAAGCAAAGAGGCUGAACCUGUUCAACCACCAGAUACGUCUGGACUAGACAAUGCCGAGCCGCAGGCCAUCGAUACUCAACCACCGGUUGCCCAAAGCCCUCCUGUUGAACUGUCUUCGGCAGAAAUGGUGACGGUCAACACUCUAGAUAAUGUAAUGAAAUCACCUACUCAGGAGCCAAUGAUAGAUCCACUGGCCCCCUGUGAACCUCUGCCGGCAGUGGUGGAAGAAUGUCAGACAACGGGACCUGCGAAGGUUCCGACACCGCCCGAGGAAGAACCACUCAUCCCCAGGGAGGACAAACCUGAUCCGGCACCUCAGGAAACCAUCGGUAGUGUAAGCAGUAGUGAUAAGGAGGCAGAUUUGGUUCAACAGAAACAGACAACCGAAGAAGAUGCCUCAGUCAAUGCUCAACCAACUUCAUCAGAUAAUCAAACGGAGCCCGCAACGGAACCUCCGCAGCAAACUAAUUCUUCAAACGAGGUUCCCUCAAGUAGUAACAAUAGCAGUAGUACUAGUAACAGUAACAGUUUUACCGCUGGCAGCAGCAGUAGUAGUGGUAGCAACCUCGGCAUCCGGAAUGCCGUCACUAGUGAUAAUAGUCUAAAGAUAAACGGUAUUAGUGAUCUUAGCAUACUCGAUGUUACCCAAGGUAACGACGAUGAGAUUGAAGUGAAAGUCGAAGGUGGCAGUCUUAUGCACAAGGUGAUAAAGUUUUCCCUUUUAAACGGGAUGCAGGACAGUAGUAAGCGACUUGAGAAUAGUCGGUUGAUAAUGAGUGGCGUUGGUAGUAACCCUACCAUUGAGAAGACACUGGCGUCGACUUCGUCGCUCGGUCGAACUGCUCUCGGUGGAGGACCUUUGAGGCAAAGUGAUAAAGCAAAGGAAGAAGGUUUCAAAGGUGGUGGUAGCAGUUCGUUCGACAGUUCCAAGACUACACCGCCGGCUUGUUCCAAUGUUCGGCCUCCAUCCGUGGGGCCAAGCUCAUCUCCGAGCAGCUCCAACAGCAACAGUUGUGACAGUGGAAGUAAUGCAAACAAUAGUGACAGCUCUGAAUCAAAACCGAAUCGGACAGAAGAGCCUAGUGAACAAAUGGCACAUUCCGUAGAUAGUAGUAACGUCAACAGUGGCACCAAUGUUGAGAGCGUUCGAGAAGAAAGUGUCAGUGAUACCUAUAGCAAAAGUGCGUCGUUAGACUUUCGAGAAUGGCCUCCAACUAGCACGGGUUCAACGGUUCCUGCAUCUACAUCUAGCAGUCCCACUGCUCCUGCCCCUACGACUACGGCUGUGGCAGUCAGUACUGCUUCUUCUUUCGAUGUAUCAAAUGCCAACAAGGAGACUGAACAACCUACAAACACAAAUAAUGCUGCCCCUGUAGCGAAACGCCCCAAAGCGAUGUAUUAUGCAGAGUUGCCAGACUUUAGUAAACCGAUAUUCUCUGCUCCAAGUCUGACGUCCAGCACUCCAUCAUCCACCACAACUGGUAGAGACCGCAACAAUACUGCUCAGCCUGCCAAAAGCCUAAGUCAACUGCAGAUGAAGACGCCUGACUUCAGCCGAAUUAUUGGUCCACAAUCCAGUUCGGCAGGCAGCCCUCCCACAUCUACAGCUCCGGCAGCUUCAGCGCCAGUAUCAACGACAACUUCAAGAUCUCACGAACUUCAGAUCGCCAAUCCCGACUUCUCCAAAAGUUUCGCACCCAAUCAGCAUCCAUCGAUGCCCACAACUUCUUUCGCUUCGUCUUCCAGGCCUGAUGAGCGGUCCAAUUAUAUAAACCCCACAUCGUUUGCCGAAAUUAGCAAGCAGCGAAAUUACAUAAGUGAUCUACAGUUGAAACAUCCGUCCUUUCCUGAAGGCCCAACGUCACAACCUGGAGUUGUGAAAGCACCGUCAUCCAGCCUUCCUCCGCAAGGACCUUCGAAUCUCAACAGCUAUAGAAUUGAAAAACCUGCAACCGCGUCAAAACCGUACCCACCAAGUCUGUACCGUCAAGAGCCUCCCGCUCAAGUACAGCUGGAAGAACCCAAAGCACACGUAAUCCAUAAGGCAGCGGGUAACCAGGAAACCUCGAAACCCUGGAACCCUGCUCUGGAAUACUCCCCUAAAUCGUACAACCAACCAAAUGAAAAGGAGCGGUAUCCCCAUCCCUACCCAACUGGACCUAAAGGGCCCACACCUCUGCCCAAUGAACCUCCUGCUCAAUCUUACCCUGGAUAUUCACCAUAUCCACCUAGUAGCAAAAGCAGUAAAGAUCAAACUCCAACCUCCGUGCCGGUAACGCACCCAGGUGGCAUCAUCGUCAACAAUAUCAAGACGUACUAUCCUGAACCACAUCAACCGUUGCCCAAAUCGAAAGACCUGGAGUUUCGAUUAGAACACAAAGAAAAGCAACUCCGCCAAGAGGGCACAAUCAUUACACUAAAGACUAAUGACAGCCGUCCAGCGACCAGCAAUCCACCGGCAGCUCAAAACCCACAAUACCCUCCCCAACCGUACCAGGCUUCUCGGUCACGGCCACCUGCCACGGAACGCCGCAACGAGACCCAGGAAAUCCUGUACCGAGACUUCAAGCUCAAACAAUCGUACGAGAUGCCACCGCAGUCUUCCCUACGGAUGCCGCCAUCCUCCAGACAACAAGAGGAGUCUCGACCUCACGUUAGUCAAGACCAUACCACACUUCCACGGGACCGAUCACCGUACGAUCCGUACUAUCGGGGACCACAGCCAGUUCCUCAAAAUCCAACGGCUUCUAAGUACUACCCUCCCCUCGAGCAUCACAAGCAGUCCGUUAGUCCAGCUCCGUCUGCUACUCCAUCGCCCACUCCGAUGCAUGCGCAAAACCGUAGCCCUGCCCCAAUCCCUGGCAAACCACUUCAACACGGACUUGGCAGCGGCAUGAUGCACCCACCCUCGAACUGGCCCAAUCAAAGCCGUGCAAUUCCUAGUCCUCAUGGAAGCUCUACAUCAUCGCCUUCAUCAGCACCACCCUCGAUCAGUCCGAACCACUUCGUACAACAAAAGAACUCACCUAGUCCGGUUCACUCCUACGGACCUCAACCAGGUCCAAGUCACGCCUACAAAUCACCCAGUCCGUCAUCAUCCUCCUCACCUGCACCUUAUACGGGGCAACCAUCACAAUCCGGUGCCGUGACCAAGUACACACAGUACUAUCCAUGCGGAAACGGUGAACGCGUAGUAAGCAUCGAGAUCAAUAAAGACACCUACAAACCUGGCCACAAAGAAUUGGACUACAACAUGGAGCAGAAGUUCGCUGAAGUCUGCCAGGCACACGAAAUGAAAGAAAAGCAAGCUAAAGCUGCGGUUAAGAUUACCGAACCCCAAAGGUCACAACCCUACCCCAGUGGGUCGGCAGAGUACUCCUACAGGCAAGCUCCCUAUAAACAAGUGGAUAACAGGCCUCAGGAAGCAUACCGAGAUGAAUAUGGACGAUCUCGAACUAUUCCAACAUCAGCAACUCACGCUCAAGCACCACGAUAUCCACCACAGGAGAAUCCCAACUAUGGACAGUAUUAUCAACAGCGUCUAGGCUCCGAUGUGGAAAUACGCAAGUCACAAGAUCCUCCACAGCCUUACAAAACCUCCUCUAGUCGGGAUCCUUCGCCAGCUCAACGGUAUGGGUCUAACGAAUCACUGUAUCAUCACCACUCAAAACAACCCGGUUACCCUCCAGCGCACCCUUCAAGUUCUAAGGCACCACCGCAGCACCAUCCCAUGUACCCCUCGGCAGGGAAUGAACCUCCGGGACCGUCGUCCCAAUACGGCUCUGUGGCAAAAAGCUCCUAUCCAAGUUCACCGUACGAGCGACCGCCGGAGAAUCCAUCUGUGAUAAGCAAUACCUACAGCCAAGAACGCGGUUCAUCGAGUAGACCUUCGUAUCCUGAAUCGCGGCAACAUGCACCUGUAGAUCUAUAUCCUGCCGCAGGUCAUCCAUAUCAACCUGCGAUUCCACCUGCCAAAUCAGCUUCCUCGCAUCCCUAUCCGCAUCUACCGGGUCAGGCCCCACCGGUACCCCCCACCAGCAGAGAUAACCGAGGUCCCUCUGCCUGGCGGUAUCAACAGCAGCAACAGCAACAGCAACAACCACAAAUUCCACCUCAACAACCCGGAUCUUCAGCCUACGGUCAUGAUCGGCAUCAUCCACCCGUUCGUGAUGAACGGCAAAAUCCUGUCAUUCAAGCACCGGUCAAUAAGAACAUCCCUGUCAAAGUGAUAGCAACGGUCAACACACCGCCGGUUGCUCCAUCUUCGACGACGAUAGCACCAGCUACAAGCACCACCAAACGAGAAUCUCCGCUUGAUCUUUCGGUAAAAACAGUCAAAACUAAGGCCGAUUCUACCGGAUGCGACGACUAUGGUCACAGCAGUAGAGGUCGUGACACUCUCCCCAAAGUGAACUUCAAUCCGAACUUCAAGAAGCACAUUCCCAGUAUACCAGAGCGACCACCUCAGGAUACUCGGAAACCACCUCAACCUGUUCAACCACCACAACCGUACCAUCCUCACAUGGCCAGAGAACCUCAACCAAUUCCACAGCAUCACCCACAAAUGCAUGCUGCUGGACCGUCGUCUAAGCCUUCUCCAGCGAUGCCUCCUCAUCCUGAUCAUCGGCAAAUGCCCGUAAUCGGAUCGGCAAUUCCUCCGGGUUAUGACAAGAAGACAGACGCCUACAUGUCUGCCAACUACCGAGCUGUUGGUGGUCCUGCUGAAAACAUUAGAGACGCACGAUAUCUACCAGAUAACCGAUAUCCUCCUCAACAGCCGAGACCUGAUCUUCAAGAUCAACAAGCAUACAGAGGACCACCGCCAGGUGGGUCUUCCUACCCACCACGGUUACCACCUGGAGCACCAAUGCCUCCACAUCAGUAUCCAAAUGUUCCUCCAAAAUCGGAGCCAUUCUAUCCCGGUGGUGUCAAGCCACCCACCUCUGCCUCAAGUAGAAGUGUGUAUUACCCACCGCAUGAAGUGGCACGCAGCAGUAAGAACCCUCCGGGAAUGCCCAAGCUCUCGAUGGAUGAUCCUCGAAUUGAAGAUCGUAAGUUUGUCGAAAGCAUGCUCAAAAAGCAAGCCUCUCCUUCAGCUGAGGUUAUUGCUGAUCUACAGGCAGGAAAAUUCUCCACUAGAAUACCAAGUACUCUGGCUCCGGCCAAGAAACGUCCUGCAGAGGCUAUUCCAAAGACAUCCCCACCAAAAGCACCUCGCCUUGAGGAACCCAAUCUGCAUCGGCCGUACGAGAAUAGCUAUCGAUACCCGUCACAACCUGGUCCUGCUGCUCCAAGGGACUACUAUCCGGCUCCGGUCAAGCUUGAACCAGCAAGUCCACAACCUGCCGGAAUUUAUUAUGCCGAAAAACGUUCCGAGAUGCCUUCAAUAACCCGAGGUGUGCUGAACAGUCCUCAAAGCCAACCGCCAUCAUCCAUGGCAAACCACUCGGUGCUGCAACCUAAUACUCAGCAGAGUUCUCAUACCUCAGUCAUCACAAGCUACCAUCCACCCAGCAGUAGACCGGAAGUUCCACGGGUACGAGAAGAAUCUCCAAAUCAGAGAGACUACCGGCAACAACCCCCCUACGGUCAACCAGAUGAUCGUCUGUUCUAUCCGAAGCCGGAGCCCUUUCGUCACGGCCACGGUGAUUCAAAGUACUUUGGAUCAUCGUUAGAUAAAACCUCCCCAGCCUCAAUGAAUGCUGUUCAGCCGACCAACAACAACCAGCAUCAGCAACCGCCAACAGUGGUCAUGCAGUCUCAUAUACAAUACGGUGGCCAGAAACUACCUCCACAACCACCAUUAUCAUCAUCUCAAUCGUCAAUUCAACACUAUAAACGACCGGAAGUCCUUCAAAGUCCUUCACGGCCUGAUUACUACAACCUACCAAACCAUGCACAAUCCAAGCCAACCAUAAUGGAAAAUCACCACAGUAGAUCCUACGAGAAUCUACCGCGUUUGAUCAGCGAUCCUCCCAAGCUAAGUCCUGAAUAUAGAUCUACACCUCCGCACCAAAGCUCCAGUCAGGAAUCUCUCAACAAAAGCUCUCCAGCCCCGUCCCCACAGCAUCGCGGCGCAGAUCAAUCCGUAAUCUCCAAGCUACGGACAAGUCUCGAACAGAAGGAACGCAUCAAUCAACUCCGCAAGCAAACCAGUUCGGAAAUGUCAGAGGAGGAUUCCAAGCCCCAGGAAAUGAGUUCCUUUCCGCCGUCUCACUUUCGCUCCAAAGGCGCCAUGAAAGCUUACACUCCGAUCCCAAACUUUGACAUGCCAAACUCGGCCGCCUCUCAAUCAACGCAGCCCCCUCCCCCACCACCGCCAGCACAGGCAGUCGGAUCACCGCGGCCACCCAGCCCAAUCAAGUCCGAACCGGUGGAGAUCCCAAAGGAGCCAAUUGAACCUCCGGCCGAGAUCGAGGGAACCUCUGCGCUCGAUAUCCUUGACUGGGGGAGCGCCUGCAACGAAUUCGUUGAACAACUGCAAACGGGCAAAAAGCGAGGGCGGCGGAAAAGAGGGAUCGCCGCCAAACGUGACUCCGAUCAGUUAACGGGACUGGCCGACGAGGGGUUUAGAGUUGAUCUGCCCGGAGUGGCCAACAGUUCCCUGUCGGAAGUUCCCCAAGAAGUACUUAAAAAUGCCUCUUUGGAAAUUGGAGAACCCGACAGCACCAGCGAUGAGGACAAACCACUGCAUUUGCUCAAACAACAGUACAGUUCUACGGGGGAAUUGAAGGAGGAGCAACUGCAAGUUAUACAAAAUCUGACGAAAGAGAAACAAUCGGAGAAGAUAGCAAGAAAUAUGCGGGAGAAGCAGCGAUUGGAACAGGAACAGAAGCACGAAGCCAAACUGGGGCGCUGUAGCAGCUCGGAAGACGAGCCCGACACGAAGCGAUUGGUACAGCGAUCGAAGAUGCGGGCGAGGAAGUUGCGCAAUAGGUUGAGUGUGCCGCUUAAAUCGUCCGAUGUGAACACGGAUGAAGAAGAUGAAGAGGAAGAAGAGCAAGACCAAGCAAGAGAUUUGAGAAAGCGGAAACGUUUGGAUCAGACCACGUCCGAAUCGGAAGCGGGGAGUAAUGCCAAAAGGAUGAACCGUUGUCAAACGCAGGUGAAGCAAGAGAAUGGAACCGAAUUAAGUUCGGAUGAAGACGAAUCAAAGUCUCCGGGAAAGAAGGAUGCUGCAACACCAGAGGUGAAAAAAGAAGCUCAACAAGGUGCUCGUUCUGACAGCGAGUCGAACGAUGUUAAGACAAAGGAAUCGGUAAGCGGCAAGAAAAAUUGUGAGGCUGAUGAUGUAUCGAGUGACAAUGAAUCGGAGAAAGAUACGAAAGAAGUGAAGGAAGGUGAAUCUAAAAAGGCUGUGAAGACUAGGACUUCUUCAAGGUCCAGGGCGGUAGAAGAGCCGUCGGAUAGUGAGGAGUCAGCUGUUGAAGAGGAAACAAUGACUCGUUCGAAGAGCAAGCUAGAGUUGGAGAAGCGUCGAUCAAACAGCAAGGUGUUACGCAAUGAUAAGAUCGUAGGGAAUUUUGUAAGAGAGCGGAAAAAGUCGGAGAAUAUAACACCACAGAAGGGUAAGAAAGUGAAUGCAAAACUGGAAGCCAGCAAGAAGAGAAUCUUGGACAGCGAUUCAGACUCAAAAACUAUAGGUACAAGGAAGCGUACCAGGAAGACGUCAAAGCUGCAAACCACAUCCGGCUCGGAAAGCUCCGAGGAAAGCGACGUGGAAACGGUAUCGGAACGCUUGCGUUCAAGGAAACAGAAGACAUCGGAAACAUCAGCUCCUUCGUCUGCUUCGAAACGAGGUACUAGUCAGGACAAUCGUACACCUGCCAAAGGUGCUAUCGACAAAAAGUACGUUAAGCAAGAGCAAAAGAAACGAGGUCGCCAGAAGAAAACAUCACAGGAUUGUGCAUCAGCCAAUACCAGCGAGAACUUUUACCCCGGUUGGGAGAAAGAAUUAUAUGAGUUCAAGCGGUCGCUCAAAGUUCCACCGGAGUUGAUCACGAUCGGAGGAAAACAGUAUGUUCACAGAAUAUCAGCAUCUUUGCCAGACUUGGAUUCCCAUCACAGUGAUGAGUCUGAGACGUUCUCGGAGAUUGUGAAGAAGAUCAACCAGAAGGAUAGUUCAAAGAGUAAAAAGGUCAAAACCAAAGCAGCCUCGAAGCAAGGUCAGAAAAGUAACCAAAAAUCUAAGGAAGAACAAGAAGAGCAGAAGAAAGUGGAAGGCAACAAGAAGUUCACAUCGAUCAUCGAAAUACUGCACGAACGGAUUCUGCGACACGCCAAACAAGCCAAGGCAAAAAAGUCCAAGAACAAAGAUGACAAAGAAGUGCUGAAACCAAAGCCGGAGCUGGAACUGCUCCCUACGCCUGGCGCUGAAAGUGAAGCUCUGUUCAACCGAAAGAAGAAGUCUCUUUUUGAUACGGCCAUUUUCAAAUCAAGAACCCGAACAGGACAGAAGGUGAUGCAGUGUAGAGAGAUCAUCCGAGAAGUUUUUGGUGGUGAUGACGAGCGACCUCAAUCGGCACCACCGUUGGCAUGCGUUCAGGAACUGAAGAACCUGACGUACGAUGAAAUGUACAACGAAAUGUUGACAAAGAGUUCGAACGUGGCCGAGGAGAUGUUUCGCGCUCAAAAGAAAGCCGAAGAGGAACGAGCAGUGGCGUCAGGGUCCGGUCAAUGCGGAUCGGGGAGCAAGGUGAAAAUCGAAGACCUGGAUGACGAAACUCAGGAUAGUGUGCUGCUGAAGGAUUCUGAGCGGAUAACCGAGGAAAACGAUACGCCAUCGGUUGUUUCGGAACGGGACUUGGCAACGCCGGUGUCGUUCAAAGGUAUUGGGAAGAAGAAGACGCACAAAAGCCGUCGCAAGGGGAGUUCUGGUUUCGACUACAUUCGGAAGAAGAAGAAGCCAGUGGUGAACAAUGGCGAGAAUAGCACUCCAGUUGUUCCCAAGAAGAAAGUCGUGUCGGUUUUCGAGAACCUCGAAUCAAAGGACGAGUCGCACAUCAGCAAGGAAAUACGGAGUUGGGUACUGAACAAAGGAGUUGGCGAGAGUGUUAUGCACAGAGCGGCAAGACUAGGUUAUACGGACGUCAUCGUGUACUGUUUGGAGCGAUUGGAGAUGGAUCCGGACACGAAGGAUAAUGCAGGAUACACUCCAUUGCAUGAAGCAUGUGCCAAAGGACAUCUGGAUAUCUGCCAUUACCUGCUGCAGUACGGUGCAAGUCAUUCUGAGCCUGCACCUUCCGGAAUGCGUCCUCUUCACGAGGCUGUGGAAAACUCCUUCAUCGAAGUUGUUCGACUGUUGUUAGCAUUCGGUGCUGAUCCGUUACUCGCAACCUACGCCGGUCAGACACCGAUUCAACUCGCAGAGAACAACGAGAUGGAGCUGUUUCUGAAGAACCACCUGUACGACAUUCAAAGUACCAACCCAAACAAGACGGGAUGGAAGCUAGAUGGACCGUGGAAAACUCAUGAUCCCGAAGAAAGUGGAUGUGACAUAUUGGCCGAUAUUCCAGGGUUCUUCGAAGAUGACAAUUUCCACAACACAUCUACUGUCACGGAGCGAUCGUCACUUAGCAAUUCCACGAAUUCUUCCGAUACGCUGGACAGUAGACAAUCUUCUUUGAACCUUCCACCUCCGCCACCACUUGCUUCUCCGGCUCUUCCGCCACCGCAAGUUCAGCAGCCCAUCCCGAAGAAGUGCGACUCUAACUCCAACAUCAUGAACUUCGAGGUCAAGAUGGAAUACAAGGACUGUGCCGUGGUGUUGAACGACAUCCACGACCGGAGCGAACCUAAGCGUAACGGAAACAACAAUAACGAUCCGCUAUCCACGUAUGUUAACGGGCAGCUUCAAUCGGUGGAAGUCAAGAGGGAACCGAGCGAAACUGUCAUCCCCAAUGGAGGUAGUGAACAAACGGGGCUAUUCAUGAACAGUGACUGUGAGGACGAGGACGGAGAUGAUGGUGAAUUCGUGUUCGAGUACGAAGAAGCCGAGCGGCCGCUGCCACCGCUGUAUCUGCUCAAGGACGAGGCCGUCGGAGACAAGUGGGUGCUGAUGACGGAUUUAUGCAACAUUUUGAAGCUGAAAUCGAAGGAAGCCGUCAUGCGACAGAUCUGCUCCAAUACGCCUGUGAAUUCGACCACACCAAGCUCCAUUGGAACGCCAGCCAACACUGCAACUGUCAAUUCGACGAACGUAACCACCAUCACGGCAACACCGAACGGAACAACCAACGGUAGCACAGCCAACCGGGAAUUGAUUCGAGAGCUCAAAAUCGAAGACUUCCUGUCCAGGGCCAGUUGCCUUCAGUUGCUUUACGCCGGCGAGAAGCUCAACAUCAACUCGAACAAGGUUGUACUGGUGAAGUACAACGAGAACGUCCGUAAUCUGCUCGCGGUGAAGACGCUGAUGACCAAAAUCUAAUUUGAAAAUGAAUGAAGAGACAAAGGAACGACUGACUGAAGAAGCUGGAUGAGGGACAAAGAACCGUAACAAACGAACAAGAGAAUAUGCCUUAAAUACGUAGAAGGAAUGGGAAAGGGUUAGAAUGAAAGGAACCAGAAAAGGUGAUACAGAGAUAGAGAAUCUGGCAACCAGAAGACUUGAAUUGCAACAGAAAUAAAGCAGAAACGGAACAAAUCUUGCUCAGGUUACGAUAUGAUUCUACGGCAUGAACGCCACAGAGUCAGAAAUUACAGUGUUCUCUGCGCUUUUCAUUUGCCUCCUUUUUUGUACGAACAUGAAUUUGGUUAAUAAACACGCAAUUCUGUCGUGCAUUGGUAAGCCUAAUUUUGGGUACAGAAAACCCAUAUUGGAGACUGAGUAGAAGUAACAGACACAUACACACAUGCAACUAAACCAAGAAACAAUAGAAGACUCACUGAACAGAACAGAACUGAAUGCCGGAACUCGCGCAAACGCAGAAAAAAACCGUGCCUUCCGUACCGUGGCAACGGCAAUUUUUUUUUAAUGGACUGCUUUGAUCAAUCGGUGUUGCAGUCAGUAGCAGGCUGUGCGUUUGCCAAGGGCAACCACGAGCAGAACAUCACACUCACACCAACGUACUUUGUAAUCGUCCGUUUUAGUAGUUGAUUUACUAGCAUUUUUGAAUGUGUUUUUCUACUCCUAAUUGAGAUUCUGAAAACAUGAAAUUUUCGAUGAAAAUCAGCGCAGAAGAAUGGUAGUCUAUCGAUUCGUGUUUUGUUUAGUUUUGCAGAUUUUUUUUUAGUUAGACAGAAAACAUUAUCGUUUAAGUGUUAGUUAUGAGAAUUGCAAGUGCGUCAACAUAUCUGUUUCCGUUUCCUUCUUGUUUAGUGUGAUUAUCGCUUUGCAGCAAAAUAUUUAUUUUUAGUUCAAAUUUGUUUGUAUUAAGUUGAUUAUGGUUAACCUAAUUUUUACUCUAGAUAGUAUUAUUGUAGCAGCAGUGUGUACAUUUUGUGUAUUUUAUGAUUGAAUGUUAUGUAGAUAAAACACUUGCACAUUAUUGCUUUUUUUUUAAUGAAUCACAACUUGUUUAACUCAAAACAACUGAAGUAAAUUUGAGGAAAACGAAACUUCCGAAUCCGUUGGACGGCAAUCCAAUCGUAACUGCGUAACUAUGAACUAUAUAAAAAAAACUCUAUGUAUUUGUGCACUAAGUGCAGACCUCCAAGCGAAAGAGUACUAAUUCUACACAUACUCUGAUUGUUGUCAGUUUUACAAAGGGUUCGUUUGGACAUCCGUGCAGCCAACUGUAUGUAGAAUGAAAUUCACUAGAUAAGACGAUAAACUGUUCCACCAUCAGUUGCGAAUCAAAAGUUUUGAAAAACAAAACGACAUAAUAAUAUAUAUAGGAAAGGAUGAUGGUUUCACAGAAAUAAAAAAGGAACAUCAACUCACAUCAGGUAGUAAGAAGUUACAAAAAAUGGUAAACAAAAAGAGGUGACGGAUAGAUAAGUAGGAAAGCAACCGACAGAGAGUGACACGUACCGGAAUGUUUUGUGCAAUCGGCUUUAACUCAAAUUUAAUUAGUUAUUUUUAUAUUAUUUUAAUCAUUAAACUUAGACCAACUGCAUACACCCAUACACUUUUGAUUGAGACACUUUGUCGGAUUAUUAGUUUUGUGGUAAAUAGGUAAAAACAACCCCCCCUAAUGUCGAUAUAUGAAAGCGAAGUUAAGCAUGGUUUAGCAAGCACUACUUGCCUGUAUAUUCUGUGUAGAUUGGUUUAUGAAAGUUGACUUAGAAACAAAAUACACGAAAAACAAGAAAAUGUGAUUUUCGCUUAAUAUACAACACUUUAUUGAUCAAAGGCAAAAAUGAAUAAUAUUUGAUGACUAACGUGAGAGAAAAACAUAGGAAAAGUAUAUUAUUAUGUAGAGUAGAAUAAAACUCAACAUUGAAUGAUAAAUGUGA